UGUCCCUGUCCCAAGGAUAGCAUUCCUCAGGCGCCACUCAGGCUCUCCUAGAUGGCCAGGAGAGCACCUUGGGCCAUUAAAUCUCCAUUCUCAGGGCAGUGCGUGCCAUGGGGGACUGGAGCCUGCUGGGGCGGCUGCUGGAGAAUGCCCAGGAGCACUCCACAGUGGUGGGGAAGGUCUGGCUCACCGUCCUCUUCGUCUUCCGCAUCCUGGUGCUGGGGGCAGCCGCCGAGCGGGUCUGGGGUGACGAGCUGUCAGGCUUCUCCUGCGACACGCAGCAGCCCGGCUGCCAGAACGCCUGCUAUGACAGCACCUUCCCCAUCUCCCACCUCCGCUUCUGGGUCCUGCAGAUCAUCUUCGUCUCCACCCCCAGCCUUGUGUAUCUGGGCCACAUCCUGCACCUGGUGCACCUGGAGGAGAAGGCGCAGCAGCAAGUGGCAGCGCGGGCCGGCAGCGGGGCCAGGCGGCCGCGCCCCAGGCAGCCCCAGCUCCCUGCGGGGGACACGCGGGGACAGGUCUGCAUGCGGGGGGCCAUCCUGAGGACGUACAUCUGCAACGUUGUCUUCAAGGCUCUCUUGGAAGUGGCCUUCAUUGUGGGCCAGUACGCCUUGUACGGGUUCCAGCUGAAGCCCCUCUAUACCUGCAGCCGCUGGCCCUGCCCCAACACUGUCAACUGCUACAUCUCCCGGCCCACUGAGAAGACCAUCUUCAUCCUCUUCAUGCUGGGGGUGGCCUGCGUGUCCCUGCUGCUCAACCUGGUGGAGAUCUACUACCUGGGUCUCACCAAGUGCCGGCAGGGGCCAGGCCCCAAGUCCCACAUCAUAACCACUCCCAGUGGCCCUUUGGGGCCCCGCAGUGCCCACGUCACCCUGCCCAGGGUGGGCAGCCCCCUGGUCGCUGGCAAAUCCCCCCACGGCCUGGCACCCCUGAAGAAGGCGGGAGCGUGGCUAGGGGUGGCUGGUGGGUCCCACGGGGAGAUGCGAGCGGCAGACCUGGCGGUGUGAACGUGGCCUGCUGGGAUGGUCAGGGACGGGGGAUGUACCAGUGGCCACAGCGGUGGUUCAGUCUCCAGGCCCUGCCAGGCCCGUGGCAUGGAUCCCAUGGCCAGCACAGGAGUUGGGCAUGGCCCUGGGCACACGGCUCAGCUGCUCCCAGAACUCCUGGGAGCAGUAGGGCUGAGAGCAAAGCUGGGAGGGGGGAGCAAAUAAACACUCACUGCACCUCCCUUGACUCGUGCUCUGCCCACAUGGCACUGCUCUCUGACUGCUCCAUCCUACAGACACACUGCGUGGCCAGGGCACGGCCACUGUGGGGUUGGGUUGGGUUGCUGCCCUGUGGGCAGGUGACAGGGCAGGUGAAGCAGGGCAGGGACAGGCAGGGCAUGCCAGGCUGGCACCAGUGGGCACUGGGUCAGGGGCCAUCCCAGCACGCCCAAGCAGGCAAGGCACGAAGUGCAGGCAGUGCAGGCAGGGAUGGACAGGAGUGCGGUGCACAGCAGCAAAGGGACACUGGCUCUGCUCUCCUGCAAUGCUCACCCUGCCCAGGGUGGGAAACCAGGGGCUGCCAAAGGUUUUCCA